CAUUAACAAUCAUAGAUUUUCCACAUUUCAGCCUCCAUAUUUACAGGCAUCCACCCUUACACUCCUUAGCUCCGCCUCCGCCUCCCUCGUCGGAGCUCUCCUCAUCCACCGUAUUCUCCGGCGUCAUCGCCGCCUCAAUCUUCCAAAGACCCUUCUUCUACUUUCCAAUCCCCAAUUCUCUGUAUCCAUCUCUGCUCAGAGCAAUAAACACAAAGUGCUAUGUCAGGUAUGUACAGUACCAAUUUCUCCCCGGCAAGAACUGCUUCGCCUCACAUCAGAACCACUCCUGAUGUCGACAGUCAGUACUUGUCGGAGCUUUUGGCAGAGCAUCAGAAGUUCGGCCCCUUCAUGCAUGUUCUUCCGAUCUGCAGCCGACUUUUGAAUCAAGAGAUAUUGCGGGUUUCUGGAAUGAUGUCCAACCAGGGUUUCUGUGACCUCGAUAGGCUUCGGCAUAGAAGUCCUAGUCCAAUGGCUUCUUCGAACCUUAUAUCUAAUGUUAGCAGCGCAGGCCUGAGUGGCUGGAAUGGUCUUCCUCAGGAGCAGAGGUUAAGUAGACCCCCUGGGAUGACAAUGGACUGGCAAAGUGCACCUGCAAGUCCUAGCUCGCUCACAGUAAAGAGGAUUCUACGCCUGGAAAUACCUGUGGAUACUUACCCCAAUUUCAAUUUUGUAGGGCGGCUUUUGGGACCUCGUGGUAAUUCCUUGAAACGGGUGGAAGUUACUACAGGUUGUCGUGUAUACAUUCGAGGGAAAGGAUCGAUAAAGGAUCCAGACAAGGAAGAGAAAUUAAGGGGACGACCUGGCUAUGAGCACUUGAACGAACCGUUGCACAUCUUGAUUGAGGGGGAUUUACCAGUCAAUAUUGUUGAUAUAAGGCUCAGACAAGCACAGGAAAUUAUUGAAGAACUGCUCAAACCUGUGGACGAGAGCCAUGAUUACAUUAAGAGGCAGCAGUUACGCGAACUCGCAAUGCUAAACUCGAGCUUCCGAGAAGAAAGUCCAGGACCUGGUGGUAGUGUCUCUCCAUUCAAUUCAAGUGGAAUGAAACGUGCCAAAACAGGUCGUUAAGCGCUCACAUCAUUCUCUACCCUAAACAAUUUCCACCCCAGUCCAGAAAUUCGGUCACUCGUAUACCUCAAAGUGAAUCACAACCAACCGUGUGACAUUGCUACAAUCACGAGAAAGGGGAGAGCCUAACUCGAGUUCCCGGUGAGCGUUCUGCUGGCUUUUUCUGUGUUUCUUUAAUAUUUUUGACAGAAAAGACUUGAAAAAGAAAAUAAAAGAGAGGGUGAAAGAAAACAAAAAAAGUGUUAGUAUCAGUAGGGAAUUCUCACGUUGAGUGUAGGUUUGAAUAGGUCAGUUUUUCCAACAAAGUUAUAUAUUCAUUGGAUUUAUUCUUGUGUUAGUGACUGCUGAGGAGUGUGUAGUUUCUACAUUAUUGAUGAAAAAACAUGAAGAACAUUAGGAAGUGAUGAUGUUGUACUGUUUGAUAUCUGUUAGGGUAUUGUAUGCAAUGUCAAUGUCAAUGUCAAUUAUAUUUUUGGUGCCA